UUCCUGCCUCCAGUCAUGUCUUGUCGUGACGUUCAUGCCACCAAUGCUUUCGCCUUCAUCAUCGCGAUGCUGUCAGUGGUCGGUCUGACCGUCGCCACGCUCGUUCCCCAGUGGAGAACCACCCGCCUGCUCACCUACAACCGCAAUGCCAAAAACGUGACCAUGUACGACGGCCUGUGGACCAAGUGUGUGCUGCGAGAUGGUUCUUCGGGUUGCUAUUACUUUGAUGCAGACUGGUAUGCGAAAGUAGACCAGUUGUACCUCAGACUGCUGCAGUUCUGUUUACCUGCUGGUCUGCUGUUUUCCAGCUUGGCUCUUCUGCUCUGUCUCACUGGCAUGUGUAAAACUGCUUGCUGCUCCAAAACUCCUGAUGACAUCAAGAACUCCCACUGCUUGGUCAACAGCUCAGGCUGCCAUCUAGUGGCUGGGAUGCUUCUGUUUCUAGGCGGGGCCAUUGCCAUGCCGCCCUCUGUCUGGUUCCUGUUCCACACGCGUAACCUUAAUGAGCGCUACGAUAAUCUGUUUGCUGUUGAGUUUGGGGUGUAUGUGGCCAUCAGCAGUGCUGGUGGUCUGAUCUUAGCCGCUCUGCUGAUGUUCAUGUGGUAUUGCAUGUGUAAAAAACUGCCUUCACCCUUCUGGCUACCUCUACCUGAAGGACCUGCAAUGACCAACAGCCUCUCCGCGCAGCCCCUCAUGACCAACGGCUUGCCUUCUCCCAUGACAUACGCACCCCAGAGCUUCCCUCCGGCUGUUCUGGAUGCCCCCACUUUUGUUCCAGCACAGGGUUACCCUCAACCUGCACCCACACAGCCUAUCUACAUGCCACAGAUGUCCAUACCUGAUAGUUACGGCUCAGAAGUUGGAGCCUCACAGGCAUAUAGAUACGCUCCCUCUCAAAGCUUUGCGCCUUCUCAGGGAUAUGCCCCAUCUCAAAGCUACGCCCCUCAGAGGUAUGCUGGGCACCGCUAUUCCACACGCUCCCGUAUGUCGGGCAUUGAGAUUGACAUUCCUGUCCUUACAGACUGACAUUGAGUUAGUUGUUUCAAAUCAAACAGGUCAAACUGGUAUUCUAUUCCUAUAAAUUAGAAAUGGUAAAUUAGCUGUGGCAUUGAAUUUGAACAAAAUGGUGAAAUUGAAAGAAACGCCUUUAAUUCAGUUGAUGUUGCAGGUGCUUCUUAGUAAUAGCACUGAAAAUGGCCAAAACAACGUAAAAAUAUUCAUC